GAGAUAUAGAGAGAGAGACAAUCAAUGGCUGUAAAGGAAGAAAGAAGAGUGGAAGAAGAAGAAGUAGGAGAAAUGGCGGAGCCGGUGAGCCCGACGGGGCAGUACUUCAAUAGCUCAGCAUUGUCAGUUAGCGUUCUCGCAGUUUUCGAGUCGGAGAUUCCCAUCGACGACUCGCCCACCAUGUACAUGCUCACAAACGUCUUCCUCCCCAUCAACCCUCGAUUCUCCUCCAUCAUGGUGAAAGACGAGAAUGGAGCACGACACUGGAAGAGAGUGAACAUCCGGCUCGAAGACCAUGUAAAAAUUCCAGUCUUCCCGGCCAGCUUACCGCCCGAAUCCUACGAUGUGUACUUCCAAGAGUACGUCUCAAAGAUAGCAAUGGAACAACUUCCACAAAGUAGGCCUUUGUGGGACAUCCAUAUUAUCAAAUAUCCAAUGAGCAAUGCAGCUGGGGCUGUGAUUAUAAAGCUUCAUCACUCCAUGGGAGAUGGUUUCUCCCUCAUGGGCGCUCUCUUUUCCUGCAUUAAGCGAGCUGACGAUCCAUCGUUGCCGCUCACUUUCCCUUCUCAACCGAAACCGUUACAAGAACAGGAUUGGGCCGGUAUUUGUAGGAACAUACCACGGUAUUUAUCGGCAUUAUACAAUACCGCAUCGGAUUUUGCAUUUAGCCUUUUGAAGAGUAAUUUGGUGGAGGACGACAAGACGCCGGUGCGAUCGGCGACAGCUGGAGUUGAAUUCCGGCCCAUUACCAUCUCGACGGUUACCUUCUCUCUGGAUCAUAUCAAACAAGUAAAAUCCAAGCUUGGAGCGACCAUUAACGAUGUCAUCACCGGGAUAGUAUUCUACAGCGUCCACUUAUACAUGCAAGAUGCAGGGCAAAGCGUACCAGACACUGCACGUGUUACUUCACUCGUCUUGCUCAACACUAGGAUAAUCAGCCAGUACCAAUCAGUCAAGGAGAUGAACCAGCCGAAUGCCGAAUCUCCGUGGGGGAACCAAUUUGGGUUCCUUCACGUAUCGGUCCCACAUUGCUCUAAGAAGGAUGAGAAACAGCCUCUUGAAUUUGUGUUCAAAGCAAAGGAAGUCAUACAGCGGAAGCGGGCCUCAUUGGCUGUUUAUCUAACAGGCCAGCUACUUGAGAUGAUACGGAAGAUCAAAGGCCCAGAGGUAACAGCCCAGUACAUCCACGCAACGUUGAAGAACACGAGCAUGACGAUCUCAAACUUGAUCGGGCCCAUGGAGCAAAUGUCCAUAGCGGACCAUCCAAUCCGGGGCUUAUACUUCAUGGUUGUAGGCGUCCCGCAGAGCCUUACAAUAACGAUGGUGAGUUACAAUGGACAGUUGACGGUUGCACUUGGGACUGAGAAAGGAUAUAUAAAUUCUCAGCUCCUCAGUUCAUGCAUGGAAAGAGCCUUCGAUACUAUAUUUGAAGCUGCUAUGGGCAGACCUGGCAUCCACUCCACUUGAAUUCUCAGUCUGAUAUUUUCUCAGCCACAUCAUUACGUGGGCCCAACUUGGGUGCACACAUCUCCCACCAUCCAGUGGGUGAAUGGGAGUUUCGGAUCUCAUUCUUGAAACGCUUCUUGGGAUUCCCGUUGACCAUCUUUCAACGGUGUAAGACAUGUGAUGCACCAGCUUCCAAUCUUUUUCAUGUAUUCUGACUUGAGAUUCAUGAAAAACCUCAAAAUUGUAUGGUAGCUGUUUCUUUGGGAAUUUCAAUUGUAACCGAUGGUUUGUUUUA